CAGUCGUAUAUUUCCAUAUUACUAUUAUUUUCCUGUUGUAAUCAUAAUCAACGGUUAAAAAUCCAUCCAUAAUUCAAUCUCGAUGAUCUAACGGUCCUACAGCUUCGGAGCGCAUAUGAUGGAGCGUUACAUCUGAUUCUUUCUAGUGUGACCCUAUUUCUGGAGCCAAUAAAAGGCUCGUCGUGUCAAAAACUCGCCUCUACGCCACAAUUCUCUCAUUUCUUCUUCGCUCAGCUCCGACAAGAAAGGGCGAAGAAUCUCUCGCUCCCUCAGUUUCGCUUCUCCAUCGAUUUUCUUAGAGGUUAAAAUGGUUGAACAGACUCAGCACCCCACGAUUCUGCAGAAGGCUUCUGGCCAAAUCUUGCGUUCCGGUGUUUCUCAGGACAUUCGUGGUUAUGCUUCGGCUUUCCAGAGGCCUGCUACAUACCAGAGGCAUGCAGCUUACGGAAACUACUCCAAUGCUGCAUUCCAAUAUCCUCUUGCGGCUGCAUCUCGGAUUGCAACAACUACUUCUCCUGUGUUUGUCCAAGCUCCAGGAGAGAAAGGAUUUACUAACUUUGCGAUUGAUUUCCUGAUGGGUGGUGUUUCUGCUGCUGUGUCAAAGACUGCUGCUGCUCCCAUUGAGCGUGUCAAGCUUUUGAUUCAAAACCAGGAUGAGAUGCUUAAGGCUGGAAGGCUCUCUGAGCCCUACAAGGGUAUUGGUGACUGUUUCGGCAGGACAAUUAAGGAUGAAGGGUUUGGUUCUCUGUGGAGAGGAAACACUGCCAAUGUUAUCCGUUACUUCCCCACUCAGGCCUUGAACUUUGCAUUUAAAGAUUACUUCAAGAGGCUUUUCAACUUCAAGAAAGACAAGGAUGGCUACUGGAAGUGGUUUGCUGGUAACUUGGCAUCUGGAGGUGCUGCUGGUGCCUCUUCCCUUCUCUUUGUGUACUCUCUUGACUAUGCACGUACCCGUCUUGCCAAUGACUCCAAGUCUGCCAAGAAGGGAGGGGAAAGGCAGUUCAAUGGUUUAGUUGAUGUCUACAAGAAGACCCUCAAGUCAGAUGGUAUUGCUGGACUUUACCGUGGGUUCAACAUCUCCUGUGCUGGUAUCAUUGUCUACCGUGGUCUCUACUUUGGACUGUACGACUCUGUGAAGCCUGUCCUCCUGACUGGUGACUUGCAGGACAGCUUCUUUGCUAGUUUUGCUCUUGGGUGGCUCAUCACCAAUGGUGCGGGUCUUGCGUCCUACCCGAUUGACACGGUUCGUAGAAGAAUGAUGAUGACAUCAGGUGAAGCCGUGAAGUACAAAAGUUCGAUGGAUGCGUUCUCACAGAUCCUUAAGAAGGAAGGAGCCAGGUCUCUGUUCAAGGGUGCUGGUGCCAACAUCCUGCGUGCCGUUGCAGGUGCUGGUGUGCUUGCUGGCUACGACAAGCUGCAGUUGAUCGUCUUCGGCAAGAAGUAUGGAUCUGGAGGUGCCUAAGUACUAAAAUCCCGCGGUCACUGUUAAGCUUUGGCUUUCUUUAUUUUUUCUCGAUUUACAGUUUCAGGAUUUAAAAAAAAAAGAUGUUGAUGAAAUCAAUUUCCCGUAAAAUUAGAGAGGAGCAAGGGGAAAUUUAUAUGUUGGAGGAUAAGUUUUUUAUUUAUGGAAUAAAUUUUGUAUGGGAGGGAGAUUUGACUCCUUGGAAGCAAGCUACGAAUUUUUUUGUUUUAUAAGAUGAGGAUGUUUUUCUAAUUAA